UGGCCACACUGAAACGAAUUAAUAUUAUAAUAUAUACAAAACAAUAUUUCACAAAUAAAUAUCAAGAUAAUCAUAAAGCCGUAAUUCAGUCAUCUGUCAUUAAAUGAAUUGCACCUUCCCUGAACCCUAGGGUUACAGGUGAAUCUAUUCCCAAAGUGCAACGCAUGUUGUGACAUUUUCUGUCCAAACGCGAUCCCCGGGUACCUAACGAAGGAUACCAUUGUAACAUAUACAUAUAGAGUACAUAUAAAUAUAGCAUAAAGUUUUUUUUUAAUGGAAACUAUGAACCAGUUAAUACUUGCCACCGGCGGGUAUGAUCAUACAAUCAAAGUAUGGCAGGCCCACACCGGCAACUGCAUCAAGACCAUGCGCUUUGUGGAGACUUCUCAAGUGAAUGCCUUGGAUCGCACACCAGAUAAAACGCGAUUGGCCGCCUGUGGCUAUCAGUGCAUACGAUUGUAUGAUCUGGAAUCGAAUUGUACGGCUCCGGUUAUUAAUUUCGAGAGUGUCCAAAAGAAUGUCACACGUUUGGGAUUCCAGGAGGAUGGUAAUUGGAUGUUCACCGCUGGCGAGGAUCAUCGUGUCCGCAUUUGGGAUAUGACUGCCGCUCCACCACAAUGUUCCCGUGUCUUCGAUUGCCAGGCACCCGUCAAUGCCGCUUGUUUGCAUCCCAAUCAGGUGGAAAUCGGCAUGGGCUCGCAGAAUGGCAGUGUCUAUCUGUGGGAUGUCAAGUCGGAGAAGCACGAGAGAAUUGUACCCGAAGUGGAUGCCUCUAUACAGGAUGUGGCAAUAUCGCCGGAUGGCCAUUAUCUGGCCGCUGGCAAUAAUAAGGGCAACUGUUAUAUAUGGUCACUCACAAGUAGUCCCGACCAAAAGAUGAGCACAUUGUGCCCGAAAAAGAAAAUUUCAGCCCAUUCACGUUAUAUCCUGCGCUGUAAAUUCUCACCGGAUUCUCGCCUUCUGUUGACCACAUCAGGCGAUGGGACCGCCUGCAUUUGGAAGACCGAAGAUUUUACGAAAUGGCGCGAAUUAUCCAUCGAGAAUUAUUGGGUCUGGGAUGCAGCAUUUUCAGCCGAUUCCAAAUGGCUUUUCACCGCCUCCUCCGAUGGUGUGGCACGUCUUUGGAAACUCCACACGAAGAGUCAAAUACGCGACUACAAGGGCCACACCAAGGCCAUUACAGCUUUAUCUUUCAAGGAUGAGAUUGUGAGUAAAUAGUUUACCACAUAGCAAAACAAAAUGGAGAAUAUACUAUGUACUAUUCGGCAUUCUAUAUAUGUAUAUGUGGCUAUAACCGAAUUGAAUCCUGUGUCUGUAUAUGAAAGUUAAAAAAGAUGUUUCGAUUCUUUUUAAAUCGUUUAUACCAGACAGAUAAUUGCCUAUAACAUAAGAUCUAACCAUGUAGACAGUUUUUAAUAUGACAUGACGUAGUUUUUAUUACAAUUCGAUAUUCAAUUCGGAUAUUGAAUAAUUGAAUUGAAAGUCGCGUUCAUUAAAUGGAAAGACUGCCUAAAAAAUGUAAUUGGAUUUUAUGUAUGUAUAUAGUGAAAUGAUUCGCAAUACGACCUAAUAAAAUGAAAUGCAAUUAAAUUAGUUAACUAUAAAAUUUCCAUAAUUAAAUAUAUUUACUUUUAUAUUCUAAUCGAUAUAUCUCUAUGUCUGUGUAUAUAGAACCAAUCAAAUAAAUUGUAAAAUCUAUGCGGAAAAAAAGGUUCUAGUCUAAGAUCUUGAGAUGCAUGGAGUG